CCAUGAUCGACCGCUAACAAGAAAGUUGAGUUCCAGCUGAUGCACACGUGACGAGCCUGACACCAUGGCGGGUGGCUAUCUAAAUCAGCUGUGGGGAGACUCAGAGUUGCCGCCAGAGAGGCCGCGAUACCUACCACUUGCAGGUACAUUUUCAGACGAGGGGCCUGGCAUUCCAGGCACUGAGUCGCAUCACCUGGAAUUCCCGUUGGGGUUGCCGCACUCGCAGCCGUUUGAUCCCUCUGAGCAGCUUUUCCAGCACCCGACUCCACUCAUUCCGCUCAGCGCUGUAGAGGACUUGCAUGCACACGAACCGUAUAUCAGCUCGACCUUCCAAGACCCUUUCAACAGAGCUUUUGCCAGCAAUCAGCCCGUCGUUCACGAAGGCUAUAUCCCAGCACCCGGCACUCGAGAUGAAGACCUGUACCCAAAUCUGCCAGACGGAUACCGUGAAUCGCUGUUCCAGGACUACGAUGAAAGCUCCGACGAGAGCGACUUUGACCGUCGGCUGGCUGAAGCCGAGGAGCUGCGCGAGAUAGAAGAGAAGGAUAAUCCGGAGGUAGACGCAGACUACUCCGAAGAGGAAGCCGAGCAGGAUGAGGGCGAUCCCAACGAGAUGGAGAUUGACGAGAGUUAUGUCGAAGAACGAGCCCGGCCAAAGGCGAAGCGCGGCGGCCGUGGAGGGCGCCGCGGCAGGCCUGCAGGCAGAGCGCAAGGCGGCUUCCAGGGCCCUACUCGAAAGCAGCUGCGCGGCAAGAAGAAAGCCGGGCGUCCGAGUGGGAAGAGAGGUCCUCGCGCGAUCGCUGAUCCGGGGCCAGACUUUAAACGCUUGCAGCGCGCUGCUAACGAGAGAUUUAUUGCUCGCGACUACUCUGCGGCUCUCGUGUACGGGCAGAAGGCUGUCCAGCUGAAUCCCGAGAUCUUCGAUGCCCACAACCUCGUGGCUGAGUGCUACGCAGCCAUGGGCGAGGAGCUGAACUCGAUUGAGUCUCUGAUUAUUGGUGCACCUACGAAGCGCGAUCCAGAGCUGUGGCACCUCAUCAUCGAGCGCAUCAAAAGGCUAGACACAACAGAACAUCCGACAUACACUGACGAGGUCAAGACAGCGGUCGUCCUACAGUGUCUCAAAUCCAUCAUCGCUCUCGACGUGACCAACUACGAAGCGCGCAGUCUGAAGCUGGAGAUUGAAGCUCGUCUGGGACACGUCUCGAAGUGUGUGAACCUCGGCACGAAGAUGCUGAAGACGCUGCGGGAGCAGAAACAAGACCCUGACACUGAGGUGUUGAAGAUCAUGGCUAUGAUGGGCACCUCGACUUCGAAGCAGACGAAGCGCCAUCUACCCAAGAUCAUUGAAGAGUUUGACCAGGCUAUUGAAGUCUUCACCGGUCCUGGUCGCGAUCCAAAGACGAGCGACCUCGACUGGGAGUUGAUCAAUAUCUACCUGGACUUGGUGGACAGAACUGGCGACUACGAUCACGGUCUAAAACGCCUCAAGGAUCUAUCGAGAUGGAAGCAGGGCCGACGGAACGAAACAUUCUGGGACGAAGAAAAGGACGACCGCGAGUUUGAUAUUGACGAUGAGCCACGACGUGUCGAGGUCUUUGACUUCAAGCGCAAGUCCGAGUCGGCAAAGUAUGGCGAAACGCUUCCACUGGAGAUCAGAGUCAAGAUGGGUCUGUUCCGGUUGCGUAGGAGCGCCGACGACUACGACGAAGCAAUGUACCAUCUGCAGAUGCUUGAGCCGGACGACAAGAGCUCAGACGCCCUCAUGUGGGACUAUCUGGAUCUGUUCCGGGUAAUUGCCGAUGCACUUCAUUCCACCGGCCACGACACAGAGGCUCUGCGCUUCUACGAGCCGCUGCUGGAGAGCAACUCCAGUGAGAUGAGUCUCAUGAGCUAUCUCGGGCUGUACACGGUGUACAAGAACUUGGGCCAGCCCGAGAGGGCCGAGCAGAUUAUACCCAUCCUCGUAGGGUGGACGGCCGAUACGGUCGACGACCUCGCUGUGCUGGCCAAGUUCUUCGAGGUGCAUGAUAUGCCGCAGGAGGCUAUGGAACGCGCAGACGCCUGCUACCGGAACCGCGGUCUUGUCAAGCUGCGCAGAAUCGGAUACUCAAGGUUGCGUGAGAUUAGGAGUCACUACGAGGAUUGGCGGAGAAAGUCUCGCGGCAACCAUGGCAAGAAGAAGGAUGCGAUGAAGAAGCAGAGGAAACUCAUGAGGAGGGCGCUCGCAGACGCGGACGACGACGAUGACGAUGAAGAUGACGAUGGCAACGGGGAGCGGCCGUCUCUUGCACCGCCCAGGGAGCGUCCAGCGAAAGGUCUAUUCCGGACGAAACGAACCGCCCCUAAGCCUCCCAAAACGCAGACAUUUCUUCCGUUCGACCUGCAGGCCCAGCAAGAAUCGUCGACGUUGCGGUCGCGCAUACUCGAGCCUAAGCAUCUAGAGGGCACAGACGUGCCGAUGGACGCUAUCGAUCACCGUAUCUUCCGCAAAAAGCUCCAGAAACUCGCCGAAGACAACGCUGACGAUCUCACGGCUGCUCGUGCUCAGCACCGCGAGAUUGUUGCCAGCUUCCAGAAACUGGACGAUCUCUACGACGCCGCUGAAGACGGUGAUGAAGAGGCUAUCAGUACUGUACUGUCCAUCACUCGCGAGCUGAUCGAAGAGUUCUCUACAUUCGACCUGUUCUACGCCGACAAAAAGGAGGACUUCAAGGGCUACUUCCGCCGCAUCGGCGCGGGCGACUUCUGGAAAGAAUCGGCUCUGAUGAUGCUCGCCGUCGUCGCCAACAACGUCGAAGACGGCGAGACGUCCCCCGAGCUGCGCGAGAGACCAGACGUCGCACCCACCGACUUCUGGGGCGUCCACUUCGACACCUGGUGCGACGCGUUUGCCCGCUACGCGCUCUUGAUGGCCCGAACCGGCGACGCCUCCCCCGCCUUCAGCACGCUCGACAUCGGCCUCGCGUCCAACAUCUUCGCCCGCCACUCUGACUACACCCACACUCUCCAGCUCACCCGCCUCGCCGCCGCCCUCGCCCUCGACGACUCCACCCAGGCCUCCUCCGCCAUCCGCUGGCUCCUGCGCGAACACCCCUUCGGCUCCGACCUAUUCCGUCUCUACUCGUGUGCAAACCGCCUCACCUCCGCACCCGCCGGCUACGCCACCGGCCCCGCCCACAAAGUCCUCAUGCGCUACAUCAAAACGACCGACUUCGCGCUCUUACCCCCGGCGCAACGCCCCCUCUACAACUUCCGCGCCAACCGCGCUCGCGCCCACGCCGGCGUCAACGCAACCACCCUCCCCGCCGUGCGCGGCCACGACCCCGCGCUCUUCGCCCUCUACGCACACGUCCUCAUCGCAGGCGGCAGCUACAUGGCAGCCCUGAACUACUAUUUCCGCGCCUACGCACUCGUCCCGCACGAUCCCGUGCUCAACCUCGCCAUCGGCACCGCGUACAUCCAGCACGCCAUGAAACGGCUGAGCGAGAACCGCCAGUUCCAGAUCCAACAAGGCCUUAGUUUCGUGCACCGGUACUACGAGCUCAGGCUCCAGGAGGGCCGGGCGGUGUUGGCGCAGGAGGCGGAGUUUAAUGUUGGGCGCGUGUGGCAUGCGCUCGGGCUUGUGGGUCACGCGCUGCAGGCGUACGAGCGGUGUGUUGGGCUGAGUGGGCGGGUACGGGAGGAGGCGGAGGCGGAGGGGGGGCGGGAUGGCGGGUGGGAGGAUUUCAGCACGGAGGCGGCGUUUGCGAUGCAGAGUAUUUACGCGGUGAGCGGGAAUGUAGCCGCGGCGCAGCAGGUCACGCGCGAGGUGUUGGUGAUUGAGUAGGCUGAGGACGUGCUCGAGUAGGCUGAGGCGGAGAGGGUGUUUGCAGAAGGGCAUAAACAACGAGAACAUGUCUAUAUACCUUGUAGAAGAAGCUAUACACAUAAAGUGCUAGGGUACUUAGAGCUAAUAGCAUUAUAUCUAUAUCCAGGGAGGCACAUACAAGGACAUCAGCAC